GUCUUUGAAUUAAAUAAUCCCAACGCCUCCAAACCUACUUCUUCGUGGUAAACUCCCCGGUUACUUCUGCAACUAGAAUCCAACACUGGGCGGAGUUUACAACAAAACCCUUUAAACCCCACCUCUAAACCUUCGUAAAGCUCAAAACUUUGGUGCCACAUUUAGAUUCACACCUAGAUUUUCCCCGGAAGAAGCCUCUGUUAACCACUCUUUCUGGCAAUGGUUUUGAAGUCAAUGGUUGCUUCAGCGAGCGAUCUAAGUCUUGUGAGGCAAUCUAGUGUUGCAGGAAACCCUCCACUUGAUUUGAAGAAUCGGGUUUUUGGUGGCACAGUCAUUAACGUCGGAUUUGGUUUCAACAAAGAGAAAUGGAAGAGAAAUCAUGGGGUUAAGGUUUAUGCAGCUGUGCAAGUGGGUGUGGAAGAGACAAAGAGUAAUGUUUUGGAGGAAACUUUUGGGUUGGAUGUGGUUUCAGAGGGAGAGUUGACAGUAAAGGGGUUUGCGGGGAUGAGGAAGACCAAGCUUGUGUGCACUGUUGGUCCUGCUUGCAGCUCAUUGGAGGAUCUUGAAAACUUAGCUUUGGGAGGCAUGAAUGUCGCCAGGCUCAACAUGUGCCAUGGCACUAUGGAGUGGCACCGUGAUGUCAUUAGGAAGAUCAAGAAGUUGAAUGAGGAGAGAGGUUUCUGUGUUUCUCUGAUGAUUGACACUGAAGGUAGUCAGAUUCAUGUUGUUGAUCAUGGAGCUCCUUCUUCGGUUAAAGUGGAGGAAGAUUCGGUUUGGCGGUUUACUGCUGAACAUUUUGAGGGUUCUCGUCCAUUCACCAUUCAAGCAAACUAUCAAGGUUUUUCUGAAGAUAUUGAAGUGGGUGACGAACUUGUUAUUGACGGUGGAAUGGCAUGCUUUGAAGUCAUUGAAAAGAAUGGAAAUGACUUGCAGAUUAAAUGCAUAGAUGCUGGUCUUUUCCUACCUGGAGCCAAAUUUAGCUUCUGGAGAGAUGGAAAGCUUGUGAGGAGGAAUUACAAGCUCCCCACUCUAUCAACAAAGGAUUGGGCCAACAUUGACUUUGGUAUAGCUGAGGGAGUUGAUUUUUUUGCCUUAUCCUUUGUAAAUCAUGCUGACUCUGUUAAGGAUCUGAAGAACUACCUAUCUACCAAGUCAACCAAAUCCAUAAAAGUUUUGGCAAAGAUAGAAAGCUUAGAAUCGCUUCAUAAACUGGAGGAAAUAGUGCAAGCUUCUGAUGGCAUCAUGGUGGCUCGGGGUGACCUGGGAGUCGAAAUACCACUUGAACAGAUUCCUACAGUCCAAGAGGAUAUAAUUUAUGUUUGCAGACAACUAAACAAGCCAGUGAUUGUAGCUUCUCAGCUUCUUGAAUCAAUGGUUGAGUAUCCAACGCCAACACGCGCCGAGGUAGCCGAUGUUUCUGAAGCUGUUCGACAGUAUGCCGAUGCUUUGAUGUUGUCUGGUGAAUCAGCUAUUGGAUCGUAUGGACGUAAAGCUUUGGCUGUCUUGGACAUGACUAGCAGUAGGAUGGAAUCAUGGAGUAGGGAGGAAAACAGAGAGAGUCUUUUAAACCACCAUCAACUUGGAGUAUCAUUGCCAGAAUGCAUCACUGAGCAAAUAUGCUAUUGUGCUGUUGAAAUGGCCAACAACCUUGGUGUGGAUGCCAUCUUUGUAUACACAAAACAUGGAUACAUGGCAUCACUCCUAUCACGCAACCGCCCAAAUCCUCCCAUCUUUGCUUUCACCAAUGAUGACAGUACCCGCAUGGCUUUGAAUUUGCAAUGGGGUGUUGUACCCCUUCUGAUUGAUUUGUCAGAUGAUGCUGAAUCUAACACCUCAAAGUCUGUCCAACUUAUGAAAUCUAAAGGAUUGAUCAGCCAAGGAGAUGUUGUUCUUGUGGUCUCAGAUGUUGCUCCAACUCGUGCCACUCCUAUGGCCUUUCAAUCAAUUCAGGUGAAGACUAUUAUCUAAAAUGCAACGCUGCAAAAUUAUUGAAGGACACGUGUCUGUGUAUUUUCUAGGCUUGGGAUAGGGUAUUCUAUUCUUAGGAGGUGUGUGAUUUACUUUUGGUUUUUAGUUUUUAAAAACUAUAUUGUAAAACGAUUUUCUGAAGACACAAAGUGAAGGAGAGUAAAAAAUUAAAAGUUAUAGUAACACAUGGAAGAACAUGACUAUAAAAAAAUGAAAAUAG